CAACUAUAUGCUCUAUUCUCAACGUUACUCCUGUCUGAACAUUCGUUGCAGUGCUUCCGAGGAGGAGUUUGGUAGGAGACGGUGGCAUGUCUCGGGAAGGUACAUUACCUGUUGAAAGGCCGAGCAAGGAGCUGGGAACAGCAAUGAGAGCCAAUGGGUCAACCGCGGCCUUGGCUCCUCCACUCGUGAAAGCAACCUCGUCGACAUCAUCGCCUUCGCCUUCGCCUUCGCCAAAGGCAACCGGGCUGAAGGCGAAAGCCACUCACGCCGCGUCUUCAUCGCAGGCCGAAGUCGACGAUAAAAGCGUUUUCUUCCCUCCGGUUACUGUCGCCCUCGAGCACGGGAAGGCGACAGCCGCCGAUCCAACUAAGCACCUCAAUGAUGGCGAGCCUGAUGUAGCUUCCUCAGCCUCGGCAGCAUCAUCACCUGCGAGGCCCAAGCUACUUCGUCUCGAUCACCAAGGCGACUCAGAAGGGGUAGAGUCCCUCACACGCAGGCUCAAGAGCGCCAUCGGCCAGGAUCUGCUUGUCACCAAUAGCGCUGGCGUCGAUGACGGCAGCCGCCAGGAUCUUGACCUUGCUAGGAGAGCUGCACCAGAGGGCCCAACAACCCAAGGAGGUAUAAACACUGUUUUAUCGUCUGCAAGCUCCUCUACUUCCACUCGUGCCGCCGACAUUGUCCCUCAAAGCAAGAGUGUGGACAUCGAAGAAGCAGACACCGGCCGGUGGGGAUGGACAACCCUAACAUCAAUAUCGGCGACACUUCGCUUCGAUUCGCUACGAUUCCGUGACGAAGGAUCUGAGACAGCAGUCACCGCUAGUCAGAAGACUCCCCUUACGGCACUACCACCACCACCGUCAUCAUCAUCAUUAUCAUCAUCAUCAUCAUCAUAUUCCUCCUCUGGCCCUUCUUCUUCGAUCAGAAAGUGGUGGGGCAAAAGACCGGAAUCGUCCUCUGCACUCAAGAUCGAGGCCAAUGCUCUUGGAGCAGGUUCUCCUCCCUUUAUUUCAUCAGAUGCGCAGGGUUCAACGCGGGCAGAAGAGGCAGCCCCUCUGCCGGCGAUGCCGAAAGGAUCCUUCCCGGUCUCUAAGAGUCGAAAUAGCAGGAGAGAAAAGCCUCUCUCUGACAAGCUCAGAGAAGGUGGGGAGACUGGUCGUCUUUCGGACAUCCAAGAGCAGCGCGCAAAUCUGGAUGAGGCUUUGGGUGACGACCAGGGAAGCUUCCCGACGCGACAGUAUCUCAUCAUCACCAGCGCAGGCAAGCCCGUCUUUCUCAGCCAUCUUGGCCGAAGCAGACCGAAAGGCAUCAAUAAGGCAGUGGCUCGUCCAUCGGUUUCCAGUGACGCCCGUACUGGCAGAUCUUUAGAUUGUCAGGCGUCUACAGUCGAUGAAGAGGAUGACGCAGCAACAGCACGUUGCGGUGUUGUCCAAGCCCUCAUCUCUAAUUAUGCCUCUUUGGGGUCGGAAAAACUCCACGAAAUGAGCAAGCAAGUCCUCGAACUUCCUGCAAAGUCUCGCAUCGCUUUUCUUCUUCGCCCGCCACUCUUUCUCGUGGCAAUCUCGCGCUGGGGAGAGGCGCACUCUACGCUGCGACAGCAUCUCGAUCUCUUGCACCUAGCUAUCCUGAGCAUCGUUUCUGCCUCGCAACUUCAGCGCCAUUUCGACCGGUCUGCCGGCUUUGACCUUCGCAGGCUCCUCGAGGGGACUGAUGGUAUCUUGGACUCCAUGGUCAGUCACGUCCAGAGAGACAUGACUACAGUUUUGAGCGCCAUCCAGACGCUCAAGCUUGACCCUACGUUGCGAGACGAUGUCGGCUUGGCUCUUGUCCCACCAAAGGGCGACGCUCGCCCCAAAGAUGUUCUCUAUGCCAUGCUUCUUUCGGGGCAGCGUAUCGUCACGCUUGCGAGGCCAAAAAGACACAAUGUUCACCCCGCCGACUGCCACCUCCUUGUGAACACGGUGUACGCGACAAAGGCAAUGCGGGAAAGCGGCACGGAGAGCUGGAUCCCAAUUUGUUUACCCAAGUUCGCCCCGCAAGGCUUCGUGCAUGCCCAUGUCACCUUUAUUGACGGUAAUGUCGACGGUGUGGAGACAUCGCUGGAUCUCGCUCUGGUCCUUGUGACCGGCAAUAAGGAAGGCUUCUCGGAGAUGAGCGCCUGGAAGAGCCACAUCAUCGAGAAGCUCCGAGGUAGUGGCAUCUUGUCACGAUUGGCCACGGCUCUUAACGCUGACGCUACUUACAGCGCCGAUGAUCUGGCUGUGGCGGGGCUGCGACACUUUGUCUUCAAAUGGCGUCACAAUAUCUUGGCGACAUCGCCCGAUUUUGAGAACCCUUACUCCCUCGAAAGCGAGGCUCACCACAGACUUAUGACGCUGUAUAGCAUUGCUCACGAUCGCGUCCUUGGCAUCCAGGAACGGAAGCGGCAAGAAGAAGAAGAAGAUGAGGAAAUGAUCAAAGCCAACGGAAACGAUGCCGAUGCCCCAGCACCAGACCGGGGCGAUGACAAAGGAGUGGUGGAAGGAAGCCCUCUUCAUGGUUCAGAUCUUCGACCGGGUACCCCGCCGAUCCGCCCCAAAAGUGUCCUGCAUUACACCUCACAAGAAAGGAGCACCUCGAGGAAGGCAACGAAGCGUCCUCGAGCGUUACCACCCUCGAUGCAUUUUCUAGCUACCUCUUCCGAGGCGGUUCUGGCAUGGUCUACCAUGACUUUCGAACUCUAUAUGGUAACGAGCCCACACUUGUCUCACUCGGCCCUCGUCGCUGCUGCCAAAGCCAUAGUUAAAUGGAUCAAGGCUCACGAGCACGAGCUCUUUCUCAUAUCGACACCUGUAUUCUAAGUGCGCACUUCUUCAUCGUCCAUGAGUUGUUCUUAUAGACAAUCGCUAAAAGCCAUGCCCGCUGUGCUGUGCUCUAAAUCUAGGAGAUCAAUCAAAAUGUAAGA